AUGAUCAAAGUAGCAAAAAUAUUUUUCCCGAAAUUAGUUCACAUUGCAUGUAUGACACACGCAGUUAAUAGUGUUCUAGAGAAAAUUCGAGGAAAUUGUAUCCCGCCAUUAACAAUGGUAAUAUAUUCAGUAACUAAUUAAAAUUUAAAUACAUAUGUAACUUAUUUCGUUUAUUUCUAGAAAAAAAGAUCUUAAAAGCAUCUUUGAGAAUAAAUAAAUACAGAAGAGAAAUACUGGGUUUACCUUUACCACCUGAACCUAUGAUUUCAAAAUAGAAAACAUGGUUAAAUGCUGCGCUUUUCUAUGCAAAUAAUUUUGAAAAGUUUAAUAACGUGAUUGAAAGUUUAACAGGUGAUGUUGCAAGUGUCGAAAAACUGAAACAGCUUGUACAAAAUAAUGCAGUCAAAUGUGGUUUGGCAUUUAUAAAUUUACACUUAUCCGAGUUAUCCAUGAAUCUUGAAAAUUUUGAAGAAUCUAAUAGUAAACUACCGAAAAGCAUGGAUAUUUUUAGAAAACUUGAAGAUAUUUUAACAAAUAUUCCUGGUCCAAAUGGGAAUAAAAAUUAA